UCAUUUAAAUACUCGACAGAUUAAUCGAUAAUGAAAGUAACCGUUAGUUGCAGCUCUAGCCACUAGCCUGAACUGAUGUGACGUUUUUAAACCCAGAUAUAAAAGUCGGUGAAGUCGAGAUGGAGUUUGACACCAACAGCUCUCUGGAUUAUUUCUCCUCCUCUAACUUCUCGGAGCUCCCCGACUCCGCCGGCGCUCCGCCGUGGAGCGAGACCACGCGACUCGGCCUCCAGAUCUCGCUCUCCGCCCUGCUGGCGGUCGUCACCCUGGCGACGGUGCUCUCCAACGCCUUCGUCAUCGCCACCAUCUUCCUCACCAGGAAGCUGCACACGCCCGCCAACUUCCUGAUCGGCUCGCUGGCCGUCACCGACCUGCUGGUGUCAAUCCUGGUGAUGCCGAUCAGCAUCGUCUACACCGUCAGCAAGACGUGGUCGCUGGGCCAGAUCGUCUGCGACAUCUGGCUGUCGUCGGACAUCACCUUCUGCACCGCCUCCAUCCUCCACCUGUGCGUGAUCGCGCUGGACCGCUACUGGGCCAUCACGGACGCGCUGGAGUACUCGAAGCGGCGCACGAUGCGGCGCGCGGCCGUCAUGGUGGGCGUGGUGUGGGUGAUCUCCAUCUCCAUCUCCAUGCCGCCUCUCUUCUGGCGGCAGGCGAAGGCCCACGAGGAGCUGACGGAGUGCAUGGUGAACACGGAUCAGAUCUCGUACACGUUAUACUCCACCUUCGGCGCCUUCUACGUCCCCACGGUGCUGCUCGUCAUCCUCUACGGCCGGAUCUACGUGGCGGCGCGGUCGCGCAUCUUUAAGACGCCGUCGGCGUCCGGGAAGCGCUUCACCACGGCGCAGCUCAUCCAGACGUCGGCCGGGUCGUCGCUCUGUUCUCUGAACUCGGCGUCCAAUCAGGAAGCAGCAGGAGGAGGGUCGCCGCUCUUCAUCAACAGCGUGAAGGUGAAGCUGGCGGACAGCGUGCUGGAGAGGAAGCGCCUGUGCGCGGCGCGGGAGAGGAAGGCCACCAAGACGCUGGGAAUCAUCCUGGGAGCGUUCAUCGUGUGCUGGCUGCCGUUCUUCGUGGGGACGCUGGUCACGGCGAUAUGUAAAGACUGCUGGUUCGACCCGGUUCUGUUCGAUAUAUUCACCUGGCUCGGAUACCUGAACUCCCUCAUCAACCCCGUCAUCUACACCGUGUUCAACGACGAGUUCAAACUGGCUUUCCAAAAACUCAUCAAAUUCAGACACUGCUGCUGAGUUUAAAACCACCAGGGAGCGAAAAAGACACAGAGAAAAGAAUAUAAUAUAAUAAUGAUGAUGAUGAUGAUGAUGAUAAUGGAAGUACUGUACUCUUAACUGUCCCAUCUUGUAAACACUAUUAUAGUCAGGAGGCGGAGCUAAAUAAAGAGGACACGCUGGA